AUGAAUUCAACACUGAAUAACUCAUCAAUAUGUUCAUUACAACUUCGUGUUUAUACAUCAGAUUAUUUAUUUUUUAAAUUACUUAGUGGGACAUAUUUACGUUUAUUUAUUGGUCCAGGUAUAUUACUCAAUACACUUUGUCUUUUUAUUCUUUCACGUUCAAAAUUAUUAAAUAAAUCAACAACAGUUAUCUUUUUACGAUUUCUUGCAAUUUUUGAUAUUUUGGCUAUUACAUUUAAAUAUAUUCGAGCUGAACUUAAUUAUCAAUCAAUCAAUAAAAAGAAAGAUAUUUUUUUAAUAACACCUGCAUUUUGUAAAAUACUUUAUGUAUGUAUGAAUGCAUGUAUGUCAAUUACUAUGUGGGCUAUCGUUUUAAUGAGCUUAGAUAGAGCUGUAGCAGUCAGUUAUCCACUCAAAGUUGGUACAUGGAUAACACGAAAACGAGCAUUUUAUAUAUGCUGUUUUACCAGUUUUAUACUUUUACUUGCUAAUUUAAAUUUUAUUACAUUAUCCAAUGUACAACGAGCAUAUAAUAAUCAAGGAUAUUGUGGAUUAAUGGAAGAUUCUUUAAUAAUCGAUAUUCUUACAGCUUCUAUUUUACCUAUCACUUUAAUUACAGCCAUUAAUAUUGUUAUUGUUGUCAUUCUUUAUCGUGUUUCUCAUACAUCAUUUAAUUGGCAUAAAAAUGAGCAUAAAAUAGAUUCACAACAUUCAUCAAGACAUAGUAUAAAAAAAGGAUCUUUAUCGGGUAGAUAUCAUUCUCAAUCGUCACAAAAUUCAUCAGUAGGAACAGAUACGAGUCAAGCAAUAAAACAACGUACAAGUGCACAAGUAACACGAAUGCUUUUUGCUGUUACAUUAUCAUUAAUUAUACUUAAUAUUCCAAAUACAAUUAUAUUUCUUCAUACAAGAAUUAAGAAUCCACGAAAUUUAUUACAUGGACGUCCAUGUAUUGAUGUUAGUGAUAAUGAUAUUAAAUCAUAUAAAAUUAAUUUUUAUUCAAGUGUUAUACAAGAUAUAUUAUCAGAUUUACCACAUAUUAUAAAUUUUUUUCUUUAUUGUUUAUCUGGAAGAAAAUUUCGAAAUAUUUUUCUAAAUGAAGUUCAUCGUUGUUUUAUUCAAAGUCAUUUAAUUAAACAAAAAACACAAAUACCUCUUACUCAAAAUGGUAGUCUUACUAAUCCUGAAUUAAGUAAUCGAAUAGGUUCUAAUUCUAAUCAAAGACAAAUAUUAUUUCGAAGUAUUUCAUUACCAUCACAAAAGAAAACAAGUGUUGUAUUUAAUACUUUAACAAAUAAAUUAACUUUCAAUGGUGAAAAAUCAUAA